AUGGCGGAAAAGUCCCAGAAGAUGGGAAUAGCAGUGGGCGAGGAGCCUUUGCUCGAACAAGGGGACAUGCAGCUUUUAGCGGCGCUGGGGUAUAAGCAGGAGCUGCGCAGACAUUAUUCGACGGUUCAGGUCUUCGCAAUUGCGUUCAGUAUCAUGAGCUUGCUGCCGUCCAUUGCCUCGGCCUUAUCGUUUUCUGUUUCCGCAGGACCUGUGGGCAUGGUUUGGGUAUAUUAUUCUACCUACUGCCUUCCGCUCAAAGAGAAAUGCAAGAAACCUUUGAGCUUUGUCGUCGGAUACAGCAACACGAUUGGCCUUGUUGGAGGCGUCUGUUCUAUAGAUUAUGGAUUCGCGACUAUGCUGCUGGCUUUCGUCUCCAUUGCGCGUGAUGGCAAAUGGACUGCCUCUCGUCGGGCCCUUUACGGUAAGUAUGUAGCCUGUGUCAUCGUCCACGGUUUGAUUGCCAUCUUCUUCGCGCGGGUAAUGCCUAAGAUCCAGUCUGUCUGCAUUGUCCUCAACAUGGGCCUUGUGUUCGUCACUGCUCUGGCCCUACCGAUUGGCAAGGCAGUCAGUUGGGGGAAGAUUUAUUCGGGUGCCUACGUUUUCGGCCACAGUGAGAAUCUCACCACCUGGCCGGAGGGCUUGAGCUUUAUGAUGGCAUGGUUGUCACCCAUCUGGACCAUCGGUGCGUUCGACUCGUGCGUUCAUAUGAGCGAAGAGGUCACCCAUGCUGCGCGAGCGGUCCCACUGGGUAUAGUCUGGUCCGCGGGACUCUGCGGUCUGCUGGGAUUUGUCUCUCUGACGAUCAUGGCCGCUGUGAUCGACGUGGAUCUGGCGGCAGUCGUCGCUGCCUCGCGCCAAAGCUGGGCCUUCUCGCGCGACGGCGCCCUCCCCUUGUCCUCCUUCUUCCGGCACGUCAGCAAACGCAUCCGCUUCCAGCCCAUCCGGAUGGUCAGCGCGGUGGUCGUCAUCGCCGUCCUCCUCGGCCUGCUCUGCCUGAUCGACAACGCCGCGGCGAGCGCGCUGUUCUCCCUCGCCGUGGCCGGCAACGACUUGGCCUGGAUGGUGCCGAUCCUCGCCCGGCUCGGCUGGGGGCGAGAUCGGUUUCACCCGGGUGAGUUCUACACCGGCCGGCUGAGUACUCCCAUCGCCGUCACUGCGAUCGUGUACCUGGCUUUCGCCUUCGUGCUGAGCAUGUCCCCACCAAGGGGCCGAAUCCGACCUGUAACCGCGAACAUGAACUAUACUGUCGUCAUUGAUGGGGCGUUAUGGCUCGGGGGCUUGCUGUAUUAUGCGGUCUAUGCACGCAAGGUGUUUAAGGGCCCGCAAACGACAUUAGGGGACAUCGAUGGGGGGGAUUCGAAAGAGGAUGAGAAGAAAGGGCAAUAA